AUGUCGGUCUCCUAUGAUGCUGAGAAUGCCAUUGGUGAUCCGACAUGGGUAGCACUGCUCCUGAGUGAACGCGACGUAGCCGGUCAAAUUCCGAUCAAUUUCGUUACCAACCCUGCCGUCUCACUCUCAUCAGCCUGCUUUGGCAAUGGCUUAUAUGCUCGAAAGGAUGCCGCCAAGUGCCUUGCAAAUCUCCUUGCCGUCGGUUAUAGACGACUGGUUGUAGACCUAUACUGGUCGGUGGAACGUCGGACUUGGACCUUUUGUCCUGUAGAGAUUCCUGCCAGAGUCGACGUGACAGUAUCAACUUUUACCUCUACCACAACCGAAGCCUCGACCACUUCCACUAUUACAACUCAAACUGCUACGACAACUUCGGAUGCAGGCACCCCGACCGUCACUGGGUACACUGAUUCCUUUGGAGACACUGUCUAUGAGCUGGGCCCUUAUAGAUGUACCAAUGACCUUGAUCUAUAUUCACUUUCAGAGGUACUUGUCGGAUACUUUGAAGCGACAACAUCUCAACUUCUUGUCUAUACAACCUAUUUGGUCCUCAAUCUUCAUGUCGCUGGUAGCGAUGCUGAACCGUCAAAGCCAGCCAAAAUGAUAACGGGCAAGGAUCUACCUUCGUCAGAGACGGAACGAGCGGGCUCAUUUCUUCAUGAUGCUCUCCGGGAAUAUCUUUACACCCCGACUCAGCUUACCAAGGACCGAAGCAAUUUGAACGAAUCGUGGUAUCAAGUUGAUGAAAGCUACAUGCCGAUCGUGGAAUACUUUACAAUUCACAAGGAUGAAGCAGGCAUGCAUAGUACUCCGGAUGGAUGGCCGUCCGCAAAAUAUGUCCAGCUUGCGAAAGCCGAUCGAAUUAUCAUCGAGUACGGAUCAGUGGAUCCGCAGCUUGCGGCUCACGACUUUGGUCGAGAUGAAGAUGCCAUCUUCCCACCUGGCUAUUUGACAUCUCCUGUGAACACUACUGCCACUCCAAACGGAACCCUAACCUCGGGCUGUCUAUAUAAGGCGGAUGCCACAGAUGUCUCCCAGGUGAACUCGUCCUGGGCUCUUGCUAGUUCAAUCCCCGUUCCAAAAGGGUUAUCUACAGACGACACUAUGGGAUCAUUAACCAAUGUGAUCUCUGGGAGUACAGGAUGUGGGAUGUCCCCAAUGCUUAACACGACCCUCUUCGAUGAAACUGCCGACGCCAACAUCGAGCAUUAUCGGAACGUCUCCUUAUUGACAGGAUGGGCCUGGGCAAUAGGUGAGCCACAGGGUGCAAGUACAGGGGGUGGUACAGCGGAUACGCCCAGUUUUGACCGUUGUGCUAUCAUGGACCUCUCAUCGGAGGGUCGCUGGCGUGCCACCAAUUGUUCCGAAACGCGGCGAGGCGCCUGCCGUCUCGGCAAUUCACCUUUUUCAUGGGUCUUAUCCAAUGCCACAGCCGAGUAUUCAAACGUCUCGGCCACAUGUCCUCUUGGGUCCAAUUUCGCCAUACCACGAACUGGCUUGGAGAAUACUUACCUCUACAAGUACCUUCUGACCCAGCCCGAGGCAAUGAUCAACCCUGCCUCCACCGAUGCUAGCCUGCGCGAGAUCUAUAUCGACUUCAACUCCAUCGAUGUCACAUCUUGCUGGGUCACAGGCGGACCCCAGGCUAAAUGUCCCUACGGGUCUGAUCCACAGCAGCUAGAGCGCAGAACUGUCCUUGUCGCUGCUAUAGCUGGGAUUGUCAUCUUGAUCAUUACUGCUUUGACUCUGUUUGUCAAGUGCAAUGCCAACAGGCGGAACUCUCGUCGGCGAAAGCGUGUUAUUGAGGGCUGGGAAUACGAAGGUGUGCCCUCGUAA